AUGAAAAAUCAAUUUUUUUUUUUAUAUUUCUUUCCUGCAGUUGUUCAACUAGAUUUUUUCUAUUCUUUUUUGUUCUUUCACAAAGGAAGGACGCAUCCCCUGCCCCUGCCUACCAAUACUUUCCUCCCUUCUCUUCCCCCCUUUUUUUUUUCUUCUUAUCGCCACAAUAAUCAAGACGUGCACAAAUCAAUGAUCUUCCAUUUGUUGGUGACCAGAGGGGCAGGCUUCUUCAAGUGGACUGUCCUUCAGGACAUAAUACUGAUAUUGCGUCUGCAGAUGCCUUUCCAUUCAACUUUCUUGCUAGUUUGUCUUUCACUUGAUAUUUAUAAGUUUAGUUUUUUCUUUUACUCCCUCCUCUCUCCUGUAUUCCUUCUUACUGCCUUUCUUUCUUUCUUUUUUUCUUUCUUUCUUUCUUUUAUGCGACACUUGCUUAUUUUUUCUUGUCUGACAUUUUCCAUUCAACUUUCAUGCUUUCUCUCUCUUUCUUUUAUCCUUUCGUACUGCAUUACUUUCAUUCAUUCUUUCUUUCUUUCUUUCUUUCUUUCUUUCUUUCUUUCUUUCUUCAUAUUAUUACAUGCCAUGUUACAUAGAGAGCUUGGACAUGUGUUACCUGUCCAAUGA